AUAAAUCGCACAUCUCCACCACACCUACAUAAAUUCCAUUCUCUAUAUAUAUCUACAUACACACGAACGUUCAACUCUCAAGGGAAAAAAAAGGACUAAAUUGAACCAUGGCAGAAGAAUUUCAAGCAGCUAUUUGUGGAGGAGGAGGAGGAACAUGGUGGAAUAUUCCGACGAAAACCAUGUUUUCAGGCUGUAAUUCUCCGUUGUAUUCGACGACAAUUGCUGAUAUGGGUAGCUUCGGGUGGGGCAAUGAUAUGGUAGCCACCGAUGAUAUCAUCAUCAAGCCAAGGUCUUGUUACAAUUCAGACAAUAGUGGUACCAACAACAACAGCAGUAUUUUGAUCGAUUCCACUUUGGGUUUUGGUCUUUCAUCAUCGGAUAAUUGGAACCAAUCCUUGCUCCGGAGUAAUAAUCAAGAGUUUCCAAUGGAUUCAACAUAUGAAUGCCCUCCAACACUGUUAUUCGACACUGACCCACAACAACAAUCCGUUUUUAACAACAACAAUCAGUCAAUUAACUAUAUGUCUUGUUCUUCUUUAUCAUCAUCACCUUCUUGGCCAAAACUAGCUCCACCAUUGACGACAAAGCAGCAGCAACAACCACCUGUAGGUACUGGUACCUUACAAUUCUCCAACAAUACAUCCUUUUGGAACGCAUCUGCAACUGGCAACAUAUUACCUUCGUUGUAUGAAGAGAAACCUAAUUGUCCCACCUUGACUACAAAGACUAAUAUCGAAGAAGUUCGGAAAAAUUCGAAUUCGAAGAAAGCAAGUAAUGAAACUCCACUCAAGAGGCCAAGACUUGAAACCCCAUCUCCAUUACCAACUUUUAAGGUUCGAAAGGAAAAGCUAGGGGACCGAAUCACUGCCCUCCAGCAAUUGGUUUCACCUUUUGGAAAGACUGAUACUGCCUCAGUUCUACAUGAAGCCAUUGAAUACAUCAAGUUCCUCCAUGAUCAAGUCAAUGUUUUAAGUACUCCAUACAUGAAACAAGCAGCAGCUUCCAUACAACAGAGUACUGAUAAGUUGAAAGAUCACCAAGAAGGUCCAAAACAAGACCUAAGAAGUCGUGGGCUAUGUUUAGUGCCUGUUUCCAGCACAUUCCCAGUUGCCAAUGAAACACCAGCUGAUUUUUGGACGCCAACGUUUGGUGGAACUUUCAGGUAGAUUUAACAACAAAGAAAAAAGACAGCAAGGAAUGAUAUAAUGUAGGGCUAGCAGAUGAUUAGGAACCCCAUUCCUUUGAAGGAUUAUUUUAAAAAAAAAGAUGAUAAUGAUAGGUUUUUUUUUUUUUAAAAUUUCAAUAAUCCAAGUUUGACUUGUUAAAUAUAGUUUUGGAAGUGGGAUUAGCAAUAGGAACAAGUGCUAAAUUCAGCGGAAAAAUCAAUAUGAAUUUAGCUGAAGUUAGCAGAAAUGGGGGUUAAAGAGACUCUUUUUGUUCCUGUUGACUACGUGUAUAUCAUCAUCAUCAUCAAACAAUAACUAAGAUUAUUAUUGUUGUUUUUCUUGUA